UGCUGCACCAUCGCCUGAUGUCAGAAGUUUGGUGAUUUGAGGGGCUUUUCUUUCAUUACAGUGGAUAAUAUUUUGAUAUUCGAGGUUCUCAGCAGUCAUUGACAUUUGAUUAAAGCGAAAAAAGGGACUGUAGUCUGGAAAUUGAGCGGAAAAUAUUGAAAUUUGGAUCAAAGACAGUUAAAAGUCAGCGGGAAGUUUGGAGGAUCAAUAAACUUUGUGUAUUGGAUAAACACUGGUUCUAUACUCGGUAGCAGACCCGCCUUCCUUGGCGGUAAAUUAUCUUGUCCUUGACCGAGGUUUGGCCACACGCUAUUUCCACGUCACAGUGCAUGUUCAAGGUCUGAUGGACUCCAUAGCCCCCUUCUUAUCAAUAGCCGAUCACUUAAAGUAUAAUAGCUCACAUAGACCUACUGAAUAGGAAUAGGAAUGAAUUUAAAUGCUCUACCUGUGCAGAUAUGAUACGUUGAAUAGAUUAUCAUAAUAAACUCUUUAUGACAUACCGACGCAUGCGCCUGUAAGAUGAAAUCGGAAUCCAAUCCAAUGACGCGAAAUAAUCGUUUUGAGUCAGUAUUGAAAAUACCGGCAAACGGCACGGAAGGGAGAUUUAACUCGAGACCGACGACAACAUUUAAUUUCCGUCGAAGAGCAAGUGUUACUUUUGAUAUUGAAUCGAUAAGAGAAAUUGAAUUUAGCAAUGAAAACUCCUAUCACGGAAAAAAGAACAGUGACACUCAUUUAAGGAGGAUGAGCGCUCCCGAAUUGCCGCCAAUACAGGAUAGAGCCAGGAAUUCUCCCCUUCCCGCAUACCAUAGCAGUCGUUACAUUCGAAGUAGAAGUAGCAAGCCAAGUACUAACGCUAGUGACAGUUCUCACAGACAUCGCUUUACAAAGUCACCUUUCAGUCAGGAAUCGUCUGAAUCCGCCAACAGUAAUGGCAGAAAGUUGACCAACGGAUAUAUUCAGAGAUCAAAGACGUGGGUUCCUUCAGAACAGACCAAUACUUCAUCAACUGUGAGUACUUUGAAAUUAGAGUCCAUAGAUAAAAAAGCAAAAAUGAGUACGCCAAGGUCUGUCAAAAACGGAUACCGGACCCGGUUAUCCUCCAAGGAUAAUUCCAUUUCUAGUGGAAACAACAAUACCGCACAACUUAAAAAGAAAAGCCUUACGCACUGUCAAAGUGAACCUAAGAUUUCCCCUAUUUCUGACUACACAACGAACCGACAAAAAACGACGAUGCGGCAAAAAUCUCGAACGAACAAUUCUGUGAACAAUAAAGUACUCUCUAUAGAUAAAACAGACAAUUUGACCAAAAACAGAUACAAUAGUGGUACUGUCAACGGCAUGAGGCGCUACAGUUCAACCAUCCAGUUGAUACCGCAGAAGCAUGUCGGUUACGAUGAUUAUGAAGACGAUUCGGGCGAGGAUUCUGAUAAAGAUCACAUGAUCAUCAACUGGUUAAUCGGAGUGGACAACGAAGACCCAGAAGAUAUUCCUGAACCUGAAAUUGAAUAUCCGGAAGAACCACCUCAAACAGACACUGCUCUACACAUAGUGUAUAAUGGAGACUCGUGAUAACAGUGCCAACUUCCUACACAGGAAGUCUGCUUCACUAUGUGGCAUUUAGAACCACGAACGGUUGUCCGAAAGACAGGAAUGUUGUCGGGUUUAAGAAGCCUAUCUGUGAUAUGAUACUGUGAUUGGUUCAUGGGUUUAUAUGGUGCUUUGUAUUGAAGAGUAUAAUGGAUGAAGAUUUCGCUUGUGCAAUAUAUUUGUAUGGGAGACAAUUGGUCUAUUGUGGAAUCGUACAUGAUGCUUUUUGUAUUCAUUUUCUUUUGAAAUGGUUACAUUGACUUGUGUAAUGAUGAAAUGUCGGCCUAUUAAGCCAUAUAUUCUAUUCACAAGAAUUCAAUUUUUGGUAUCUAAUAUUCCUUUGCAUAGCUGUUGAUAUACAUUGACAUAAAUACGUCGAAAGCCUAUUUCUACAAGCUAGGACCAUUUAAAUGUAAAUUUACUGACUGCUUUACAUAGAUUUAAUCUAAAUAUUUUAAUUGUAAAAGCUAACUAUGGAAAAUUAUUUGUAUUGAAACUAAAAAAAAGUUAAAGGAUUUUUUUUUAUGAAGAGCGUGUCGAAAAUAAGAAACGAUUAACGUUUAUAAGAAAAAUAAUUCUUGUCCGAUUUGUAAGAUAUUGUAAAAGGUUAUUUUAAUUGAUAUUAAUUUUUUACUGUUCCAUAUUAAAGUACAAAUUUAAUUAUUUAACAGUUUAAAAUCAAAGUUGAUUAGUGGCCAUUUUUGACAGACAAUAAAACCUUAGCAUGAAUGGUGUGACCUACCAGGGGGUAAUUAAAACGAUUCAUUCAAAACUAAUUAGUGGACACAUUGUUGCCUAUUAAAUCUAUUGUCCAUAUUCUCAGUCUGUCAGUCGACAGAUUUCUUCACGUACAAAUCGCCCAGUAAGCUCAUUAUAUUUAAACCUAGCUAAUAAAAAUUUUUGAAUUCUGGAAACAACUUUCUUUAGAAAUCAAAUGAAAAUCUGCUCAAUUGUAUGACCAUUUGUUCUUGAGAGUAUUAAGAUCAGGGUUUUCCAAAUUCAGUGCACGUCAAUAUAACACUUAACAAAGUAUAGCACGGCAAAUUUCCAUAAGAAGGUAUUAUGGGUAUACGUAAUUGAGUUCACAAACUCUGAAGUUUUUGGUCAUUCCUUUAAAGUGUUACACUGACAUUCCAGUUCUUGACAUUCAGAUCUCUGUAAUUUUUAA